AUGAUUUGCGCCAUAUACAGAUAGGCAGCCGUUCAGUACAACAGUUGCAUUGAACUGAUGGUUUUUCGUGGACUAAUCGAUAACUGAUAAAGAAAAAUCGAACUGUAACAUAUAAAGCCUUGAGGAACUCGUAGAAUAUAUACCUUGUUGAUGUUCCUGUAUAUAAGAAGCGCUCUUUAAACCCUUUCUAUCCUGGAGAUUGCUUUUAUUUGUGUAGUUAUGUAAAUACAUCAAUUAAAUACUAAAAUAUACCUUAGUUGAUAAAUAUUACAGCAUACCGUGUUUAUUGGGACAGCUGACAGAUGAAAUCAAUGUGCCAAUGGAAAUAAACUGUGCGUUAUAAGUAUUGCAAAAACCCAUGGGAAAAUUGUACUACCGAGCAACAAAGCAAUAAAAAUAUAUUUCUUGUCACAGCAGCUGUUCAGAUGAUAAAAGAAGAGGAACGUUACAAUUGAUUUGCGAAUCCCAUCAGAAACAAACCCAUUACUGAAACACAAGUCUAUUAUGUUGAAUUUUGUUUGUAUUCUUUGUGUUGAUGUUAAAUGGAUAAUUGAAUAGUUCUUGAAAAUCUGUUUCUAAAGAAAUCUUUUUAAUAACACAAACUUUACGAUGAGCUUCAUACAAUCGUGUCCAGGAUGUUUAAUGUCAAUGCCAAGUGUGGAUAAGUCUGAUUCUUUGAAAGGAACGUUGGUUCGUGUCCAGAUAGUGGUGCAAUUUGCCAAAGUCGGUGAGAUAGACACCCUUAAGGAACAAUACUCGGCUGAUGUUAUUGUUAAAGGAAAAUGGCGGGAACCGGCUCUUGAUGGUCAGACACACACAUUGGGCGGGAAGACCGGUGAAGAACAUCUAUGCACAAGAGAGGCACUGGAAGGUAUUGAUAUUAAGAAAUACUGGAGUCCAAAACUUUACAUUGAAAACACACUAGGUGAUCCAAAAGAAAAUAUACGGCACAGAGUGAACUUCAAUGAUAAAGGUGAAGCUUACAUCGUUGAGAAACGGGUGAUUAAAGGAACUUUCAUGGAGAACUUGGAGUUGAAUGAUUUCCCAUUUGAUGUCCAAGAUCUCACUGUGACUGUGGCCUCCGAGCUUCCCUCAUAUGAAGUUGAAUUGAUUGAAGACAUAGAUGAACAUCAUGUAGUCAAUCGACAGUCGUUUGUGGAUGAACAAGAAUGGCAUCUUUACAUGCAUACGGAAACUGAGAAGAAGGAACUGGCCAUAGACCAAGCAGAUGCUACUGUUCGACGGUCAGCACUCUCUGUGAAAUGUCGAGCAGCGCGGCGACCCGGUUAUUUUGUUUGGAAUAUAUUUAUGGUAACGUUUUUAAUCUGCAGCUUGGCCUUCACUACAUUCUCAGUGGAUAAGAAAUACCCACAAAAUCGACUUCAGCUUUCUUUCACACUCGUCCUCACGGCAGUGGCCUUCAAAUCUGUUGUCAAUCAGAGUUUACCGCGGAUAUCCUACCUCACAUAUAUGGACAAGUACCUACUGAUCUCAAUGGUUAUGCUAUCGACGGUAUGUGCAUGGCACGGCUUAGUUACAUUAUUGGACCACGACAAAGAAAAUGCAGACCGAGUAGAAAUAAUAAUUCUUAGCGUCCUCAGCAUAGUAUAUAUCUCGUACAAUGUUGGCUUUGUCAUCAUCAUCCAUAUGUAUCCUUGUCAUAAACGAAGAACGAUGCAGCAAAAAGACAAAGAGUAUAAGCUGCUACAACUAAACUGGAUUGCUUACACAAAAUGCAAAAAGACUGGUUCCGUUGGAAGUCAGCUAUUUUCCGGCAGAGAAGAGAGGGAAGGACUCUUAAUGAACAUCAACAACAAGUAUUGAUAGGGACACCCAGCCAUGAAAAAUGACCAAGAGCCUCAGACUCCAGAGAUCAAGCAGCUGGAGUUCUACAAGAUAUGUCACCUGUAUAAAGGAACAGGCAUAUGCAUAUAUAUACAUAUAUAUAUCCGACAUCAGAAACUAAUACUGUUAUCAAUAAACUUCAGAAAAAUAUGGCCAGUACCUGAAGACAGAAAAAAAGAAAUAAACAAGAACACCAACGACAAAUCAACGCAAGAUUUGUUCUCAUAUAA